UCUGUUCGUGAGUCUUUGGCAUUAUUUCAUUAUCUGCCGAUGUCUGUUUUUAAUAAUCAAUCUCCUUUCAUUACAACGUAAACAGUUGUUCGAUUUUUUUGGCUGAUCAAACUUUUAUGUUUCGUUUAAAUGCCCCUUGAAAUGAUGUUUAGAUGUGCAGCGCAGCUCAUCUAUUUAAUAAUUCACAAAUAUCAUUACUUGUUUUAAGACUGGUAACAUUCAUACCUUUAUACAUGACAAAUAAUAUUCAUAGUAUUGCACGUAACAUAUAUAUAUGUUCUUUUCAACUAGACAUAUCUUUUUGGGCUAAUUGAAAUUGUCUUAUUUUAGAUUUUAACCAGUCGAUGGCAGAAUGACUUUUUAAAUUCAUACUCAAAUGACUUGAUCGAAACAACUUGGUGCUGAGACAAACAGUUACAUUUUGAACAACAUAACCUUACUAGGACUGUAAUAAACAAUUAUUGAACUCAUAUUUAUUUGCAUGCACAUUUACUAAACUGCUGAAAUCCAUCUUGGUAAAAAAAGCAAAAAGGAAUAAAACAUGUCUGACUUUCAUUACUUUUAAGGCAGGUAAUAUUCAUCUUUAUAUGCAUCUUUAUACAUGACAAAGAGUACUCAACAUAUAUUUCUACCCGUUUUCUUGGAUUAUUUCUAAGCUUGCACCAACACUGAGAGAAAGACCGUCGUUAUCAUGAUUCCAAGUAGCAAUUUGCAAUCGCCUCCACUACUCGAGAUAGCCGUGCAGCUUGGAGGUAUGCUUUAUACAGAAAACAGCACAAUAAAAGUGAUUAGAAGGCUGAAGAAAGAUGAUACUGCAUACUUUGAUGGUGUGGAUGUUGUGUUGAAUAGUGAAAAUAUUGUACCAGUAUUUCCUAUUUACAGUCUUGGAAAUUCCAGUGUGGGACAUAGAAAUGAAAUCCUUGAUAUGUUUGAUAACAGAAGUUUAGCGGAAAAUAUAAGCGUUAUUUGGUUGUCGCAGGACACUAACACAGAUGACAUGAAUUAUGUUUUCCAAAAACAGGGCUUAUUCGAUACAAACCAGACGACAAAUUUGCACUUGUACAGGUUAACAAUGAAUAAAAACAUGAAAACAAUUCUUUCGGUUUCUCAUCACCAAAACUUGACGUAUAUUAAUAUAAGAAAUCAUGAAAUAGUCCGGACAUUAGGAUCGACUCUAUUUCCAAACCUUUGUAAAAAUAGUUACGCCGCAUGCAAAGGGAUGUACCGAUGUAGAAUGAGCAAAGUUUGUAUUUCACUCGCACAAGUUUGUGAUGGAAGGAAGCAUUGCCCGUUCAGUGACGACGAAGGACAUUGUGGAUUAAAAUGCCCGAUGGGUUGUAAAUGUGGAAAGGGAACCAUCAGUUGCAGAGAUGCAGACCAAAAUGGCAAUGAUAUUAAUGUGGCACCCAUUACCCGCAUUCUGGACGUAAGCAAUACUCGUAAGAUAGGCAGAGCGUUUUUGCAAAGUAUUAAGAUUAAUUCUUCUUUGCUUAUAUUGUUGAAUGUAUCACGGUGUCAUGUAGAAACUAUUGAUUCUUCUUCAUUUGAAUUUAUUUACAAUUUGAUAACGCUGGAUUUAAGCCAUAACGUGUUGACAGCUUUGUCGCGCAAUACGUUUUCAACUUUAAAGUUUCUGAAAGACUUAUAUUUACAUGGAAACAGACAACUGCAAAGUAUAGAACCAGGCGCUUUCAGAGGACUUGUCAUUAGUUCACUGAUAAUAAAUCAAGCAAAUAUCAGAUUGAUUGCGAAAAACACAUUUUCUGGAUUAAAUUUGACAAUACUUGAUAUAUCAAAAAACCAUAUUGAAAACAUCAAAGAUUUUGCCUUUGGUGGAUUAUAUAGUUACGCUAUAGACAUUAGCAACAAUCCAAUCAAGGUGUUCAGUAAGGAACUUUUUGCCGGAGUACAAGGAGUGAAUCAGAUUCAAACAUCUGCUUACAAAUUCUGUUGUGUUCGGCCAGUUUAUGUUAGUGAAGAUAACUGUCUACCCUACAAAGAUGAGUUUUCAUCUUGCGAAGACCUCAUGAGGAAGACAGCGCUUCGAGUACUGCUUUGGAUAGUCGGUUUCAUGGCUUUGCUGGGAAACAUAACGUCACUAGUUUAUAGGAUUUUAUAUGAUAAGAAAAGGUUGAAACUUGGAUAUGGCAUUUUCGUUACCAAUCUUGCAGUUGCAGACACGUUAAUGGGAAUUUACAUGCUAAUCAUUGCUGUUGCUGACACCAUAUUCAUGGACAGGUACAUCGAAAUGGACGAGCAAUGGCGCAAUAGUUUAUGGUGUAAGUUGGCGGGUAUACUCUCCACCACAUCCUCUGAGGCCAGCGUUCUCUUCAUGUGUCUCAUCACCAUCGACAGAAUCCUCGUUAUAAAGUUUCCAUUUGGUCAGCACCGUUUUAACACAAGGUCUGCCAUACUUGCUUCUUUUGUCAGCUGGAUCCUUGCUUUGACAAUAGCUCUUGCGCCUGUUGUCCACAUAAAAUACUUUCAAGACAAGUUUUACAGCAAAUCAGCAGUUUGCCUUGCUUUGCCGUUGACGCGUGACAGGCCACCUGGAUGGAUGUAUUCGAUCUUAAUAUUCAUCGGAUUCAACCUCGUUACUUUCGUUCUAAUAGCUGUUGGUCAGUUGUUGAUUUAUACUGAAAUAAAUAAACACGCCUCUUUACAAAAGAAGAUGCACAUUGCAAGAACACAGGAUCUGAAAGUAGCAAGGAAUUUACUUCUUGUUGUGACGACUGAUUUUCUCUGUUGGUUUCCAAUAGGAAUGAUGGGUAUUCUUGCAUUGUCUGGACACACAAUUUCAAGCGAAGUUUAUGCAUGGACGGCUGUCCUCGUUCUACCAGUGAAUUCCGCGCUGAAUCCAUUCAUGUACACGCUAUCGGCUAUAUUAGGAAAAGCGAGAUUCAGUCCAAGUAUAGAAGAAAAUGCCAGAUCUGAGAGUGCAAAAGAGUUGGGAAAAGCUGUACUAAAUCUAUAUCCUUACAUAGCAUUGAAAAAAGGUUUAUAUAACAGCAGACUUAGUUCCCUGGCUCUUCUUCUACAAGAUGGUCAAUUGACAGUUAAAGAACUUAUGUUCAUUAUCUACCGAGUCUUCAAAUUUGAAGAUCUGCUGCAUGAAGAUGAUUUGGUGUUAAAGAUGAUAAAGGAAGAGGAUAUUCUGAUUAAAAAUGGAAGAACAGGAAUAAUCGGACAGAACGUACAGAUUCUAACAAACCCAGUCAUGUCUACAAGCAAGAAGGACAUGGCAAAUGACAUCUACCAAACUGGACGACUCCUGGAAAGAUCUCUUCUAGAUCUGAGACGCAGGGAAUAAUUACGCUUUAUAUUGAAGUUAAUAAAUAUAUUGAAUAUCAAACUGUGAUUAAUGGCUUUUCAACAUUAUCAGUUAAACAUCGUACUUACACAAAACUUGAGCAUGUCAUAUGUAAAACUUGCGUGCUAUAGGUGGAAACUUCUCAUGUACGCAACGGCUAGGUAGAAUUUCAUCGAUAUUAAAAGAAGCAGCAUUUUGUACUUUAAAAAAGCAUUCGUACUAAGAGUUACCUGUCUUAUAAUAGACAUUUUAUUUAUGCCCAUCUAAAAGACCAUGUUAUAUGUAUAGUGUACUUGUAAAGCUCUAUGUUGUGUCUUAUUUUCAUUUGCAUAAGUUUC